CUGAACUUCGUCCUCCGCCUUUCUCUUCCUCUUCGUCUCACUUUUUUUUUUCCAAACUAUCACUUAAAGAACAGAAUCAGAUUCGGGAAGAAUCAAAACUCAGAAGAUGGAUUUUAUGCAAGGCGGUAAAAAGAAGAAAAUGUGUGCAAGAAAAUAAGUACUAAGAGAGAGAGAGAGUGGUUAAAUUGAAGAUAAAGAGUUUCAUGAAUAGUUGAUUCAAGUUCCUACUUGGAUCUCUGGUACCACUAACGUUGUACUGCGCAACAAGAGACUGCUUCGGGAAGUAUUGCUGCAAGGCCCUAGGGAAAGAGCCGAUCUUGAUGCAUUUGUCAUUGAAGUAAGCAAACCAUAAUCUAUGGGUACUUAAAUACCUAGGAUGACUAACAGGAGUGCACGCAGUUCUCGUAUAGAAGAUGACAAAUAUUACUCAUGCAGUUCUCAUCAAAAGGAGAGACAGAUUCAGCCUUCUCGCCCUGGGAGUCGUUAUGCAGUGAGUCCGUUAACCCACCGCUCUGCUCAGGAUGUUCCUUCACGUGCUAAGGACAUGGCUUGUCGGGAGCAUGAUCGUUCUAAGCACAAGCGUGCUCCCACUUCUCAAGUUGCGUCGCUGCAGCCUGAUGCGGUAUCGCUGCUCCCUCCUCCUCGUCUGAAUUCAAAAGGAAGGCCCAUGAGUGAUGCUGACAGCUAUCGUACAAUGUCAAUCGAGCAGAUUAAGGAAAAGUAUAAUCUGCAAAAGUUCGAUGUGAGCUUCUAUGAUGAUCAUGAUGUUCUAACAGAAGCUCUGAUCAAGAAUUUCAAAUACGAUUCUCAAAAUCUGCUGAUCGCAGUUGGUCAGCUGGACGCGGGUCUGGUUCUCCCUCUGUACAACCAAGAGCACCCCUUCUAUUAUGAUAUUCUUGCUACACGUCAGAAUCCUGGUCGCAAGAUGUACACCAGGGGGGUUAUGCAGUACAAUGGCAACUGGUACCGCAUGAUGCGAGAGUGUUGGUUUCGCAGUCAAGGUGGCACUACUAUUGAGUGUUAUAAGCCUGUCUUUGAUGCCUCUGUCUAUGCUCCUGCAAACUUUAAUAUCACCUGGGGUGAUUCUGUGGCAAAGAGCAAUCUCAUGCCUUGGAGCGUGGGUCCAAGACGCAUGACUCGUGCUGCUGCUCAGGUGGGCGCAGAUGAAGUGCGUCUACUCGCCGAGAUUGAUAAGACCAAGCUCAAAUCGAUACCUGGUACCUCCCAGUCUAUCCGCGGAUAUCAGAAGCUGCGUCAGGACCAUGAUGACAAGUGGUACCGUACUCUUCUCUGGGUCAAGGGUCCGUGGGCGUGGGGAUGGGUCGGCAACCUUCCUCGUAUGACAUCUCCAAGCAGGUAUCCCAAUUAUGAACCUUGGGUUUUCAACAUCAAAGGCUGUGGCGAGGACGCACCUAUGCGAUCUUCUGGUUUCUCGACUCGUACUGUGGGUGCCUCUCCAGUGAAGAAGAGGCCGCGCAACCCUGUUUCUCUUGAAAAGUCCGAGAAGAAAAUAAGGCGCACAUGGUGUACAGCCAAGUCUACUAAUGUUUCUUCUGUUGAACAUGACAAUGUUGAUGAUGCUGUCGAUAGUCCUCCCUUGGAGAAUUACUUAGAGGUUGCUGAGGAAGAUGAAACUAUGAGGAUUGAUGAUUAUGGCGAGAAUGUUGCUGAUAAUGCCAGUUCUCAUGGCGAUGCUAGUGCUUCAAAGGAUAGGACGUAUUCUGACUCUGAUGAGAUUGUCGAUGAUUUUGUUGAUCCUGGUUCCCUGAAGUUGGUUCCAGCUUCUGAUGUCGGCAGUGAUUCCGUGGCUCAGGUUAUUAAGGUGGAUGACAUCAGUGAACUAUCCUUUGAUAAGUUUCUUCCUUCCGUCGAAGAGUCUCAGUUUGCCUUCCCGCAGACUACUUCGGCGGACACAUCUACGAUGUACUUGUCUCUUUCUCCUCCUCAGUUGCCAUCUAUUUAUUGGGAAUCGUGUGAACCAAUUAACUCUGCUGGUGCUUCUCCUGAGAAUGGUGACCGGGUUAUCAUGGAUGUUAGAGUUACUACUCUGCCAUCAUCCGGGUUUGCUCAGGAAGUAGUGAAUGCCAACGGCAUCCAUACUAUAGGUAGUACGCGUUUACCUGUGACUGGGAACUCUACGACCACCGUACCUGUGUAUUCUGAGAGAGUGGCUAUCGUGCGGGACGUAGUCAAAGGCCUUGCGUCCUCCCUGGAUUUUGAUGUUAGUGCGCCCGAUGAUGAAAUUCUGAGGCACGUGCUCGAGCAGUCUCGUCCUUCUUAUAUUCCUUCUAGAGAGGAAUCUCUGAUUCGUAAAAGACCUGAUACUGCACCUUCUGGGUUGAUACCCAGCCUGUGUGAAGAGGCGCAACAAUUUGGUCUUAUCUCUGCGACAGGAGUGAAAGAGAUGGAGGCCUUUAUGGACAGUUAUUCUCACUUGCUGGGCCAGUUUAACUCGUACACUUUUGCUCGUGGGAAGGACUAUUGCUUCCAACUGUACCUGCUUUAUAAAGCAAAAACUGCCAAGUUCUCUGCUCUUUUUGAGCAGUCGCAGUCCAACCUUGAACUCGUGAGUGGUCAGCGCGUAGAUCUUCAGAAGCAAUUGGAUGAGGUUCUGCAGAAUCAAGGUGGGCACAAAGAUCUGGCUAGCCAGAUGGGAACUCUUCAGAAAGAGCUUGAGGACAGUAAAAAAGCUGCUGCGGAGGCAGAACUAGCUCGUGUAGCUGCUGUGCAGGCUCGUGAUGUGGCUGAUAAUGCCUUAGCUGCUGCAACUUCUAAGUCCUUGGAUCUCCAAGCAAAGCUCAAUACCUUAACUAACAAAGUUGAUAACCUAGAGGGUGAUCUGUUGAAACAACAGAACUUAACUACUCUUGCUGAGGGUCUUGCGUCUGCCAAUGGUGUUCGCGUUAAGCAAGUUGAAGAGGAAUUGACAAGGGUUAAGGAGCAAGCCCAGAAGGAUGCCGUUGAUGCUGCUCGUCAUGUUAAAGAAAGAGAUGCUUUCUUGAAGGCUUACUAUGCUGAGGCUGCCCAGAAGCAGAUCAACCAUAUUCUUGAUGCUGCAGGGAAGCACCUUGGUGUCAAGAUUCAUUGCACCCCCUGAUCAAGUUCCUUCUUCUGAGGUGGUUCAUAUCAGAGUCUUAGUUUUUAUCUUUUGUUUACUCUCGGUGUUUAUUGUUUACGUAUGCAGUUCAUCUUGUAAUCAAUGUGUAGCCUAUUUUGGAUGAACAAUGUUGCUUUAUUAAAUACUUUCGCGUAGAACUACCUAAAAUUGUCUGCCUUGUCCUGCAUUUUGGUUGUUAUUAAUGAAAGAAUGAGAUGCAGAAGUAUGAGAUACA